GCCCCACCAAGAAAUAGCCCCGUUUUAACGCGUCGCGCCUCCCACUAUCUCUUCUCACUGACAUAGUUCAACGGUCUUCAGACAAACUUUAUUCCCAACUCUAGUAUCCCGACGAUACCGGAAACGUGAAAAAAGACCUUUAACCUUCAAUGAAAUUUGAGCCUCAAGAUCGCGCCUAAACUUAUAGCGGUCUUAAUUUCGGGCGUAAAAAUGGAGUCUACUUCAACACCCCGCAUUUCUGCGACCCUAAUGGAUUCCUACAUUGGCCAGAACGUCAUCAUCGUGGGCAAGGUAGUCCAACUCCGCGGCGACACGGCCUUCCUUGAGGCUGAUGGUCAAGUUCAAGCCAACCUCAAUAGAGAUUGUCACCUCAUGGUUGGAAAUGGAGCUCAGAUUAUUGGAAAGGUGAACCCAGACCUAACCAUCAAGGUAUUGAAUGCCAUAGACCUUGGCAACAAUGUUGACCUCCAAUUAUGCCAAAACGUCGUUGAGUGUACACAUCAGUUCAAGGAGAUAUUCGUAUACUCAGACCAGGGUGGGAUGAACUGACGGUUUGCACAUGGACGCGUGUCUCUGGGAUGGCCGGCUGGCUCACAG